AUGCAUUCACUACCAAUAAAUCAGUUCAAAAAGAAUGAAGAGCAAACCAGAGGGAAUAAUACUAGAGAUUGUGCAAAUUGCUUAGGUGAAUUUGAAGAAGGUGAAUGGGUGAAACAUUUGCCUAAUUGCCCUAAUGCCUUGCAUGUUUCCUGCAUUGACACUUGGUUUCAAAUUCAUUCCAGCUGCCCACUAUGCAAAUCAAAUGCAUAUAACAAGCUAUGGACACAUUUACUGGUCUCGCAUUUGCGAGGACCUGUUCGCAAAUGUGCACUCUGCUUUUGCGGUAAUGGGUUGGGCUGGGCAAUCUUCGCAUUUGCGAAGAAAUGUUCGCAAUUGCGGACAUACCAGGAUCGCUUUUGCGAUGGUUUGGUCGCUUUUGUGACUGGGCACUAG